AUGUCCUCCGCCCCUUCCAAAGCUCAGCGGCGGCGGGUCAACUUCGACUCUGAUGAGUCGUCCGCCAGCGACAAUGAAGGCAACGGGCGCGGCGGGGACGCACUGGCGCGUGAGAUGGCCGCUGCGGCAGAGCGCGAGCGGCGCAAGAACCCGCACGCAGAAACCGGCCGUGCGAAGGCACCGCGUACGCACCCUCUCGCGCCCCCCUCGGCGGUAACCACCGCCGUCGCGAAGACGAAAACGGCCCCCUACCAGGCGAAGAAGGUGGCCCUCUUCGACAGCGAUUCAUCGUCCGACGAUGACGAUGAGGUCGACGAGAAGAGCCGGAAAGAUGGCGACAGGGCAAGCGACGAGCCGCGCGUUGUUCCUCUUCUCACGCCGUCGCCGUCCUCGUCAUCAUCUGCUGCGGUCUCGGAUGAACGCAGCGCCUCAAAAGGAUCAGCGAGCAAGGUGGCCCACGUGCAAGGACUCUCCUUUCGUGCCGUGAAGAGCACGACGAACAGCAACAGCAACAGCGGAAAGCAGGACGAGGAGGAGAAGAGUGAAGAUGAGAGCGCAGAUGAAGAUGUGUUGCACAUCAAUAAGACCUUUGCCACCCGCUACGAGGAGCAGAAGCGCAAGCAGGAGCUGCACACACUGGCGGAGAAGUACAAAGGUAAGCUCGGGCGUGCAGCGGCCAUCGGACUGGCCGACGACGACGACGACGGAGACGACGAGGAAGAAGACGAGGAUGAGGAUGAAGACGAAGACGCGGUGCUGCUCACCUCUGAGAACAGCCUCAACUUCGCGAAGGCGCUACUCGCUGUGCGCAAAGCCACCGUUCCGUUGGCCACAACGACGGAGAAGGAUAGGAAGGAAGACGGUGCGGAGACGCCGGCGUCACUGCUGCUGCCCAAAGAAGCACUUCUAAAGGAGCGCUACUUCCCACCCGCAGCGGAGCAAAUACGCGCCAACACGGACAUCUAUGCAGACUACAUGGACCGCAAGCGUCACGGCGAGGGCGACCGGAGACGCUUUACCUUGUCCGACGAAUACGCGCGUGCGCUGCGGGCGACGGCCGACUCCGAGGACGCGGUGGUCGACUCCGCGGAGGGCAGCGAGCGCGACGGGCUGCGCCGGCUGCGUCCGCAGAACGCGGAGGAGGCGAAACUGCGGGCGACGUUUCUUCGCGAUGUGGAGGAGAGCGCAAACAGUUUUGAGGUGAUCCGUGAAGCGAAGUCGAGCAAGACCGACGAGGGCAAGGCCACAGAAGACGAAGACGCGGAGGAGGAGCAGCGCCGUCUGCAGGCAGCCCGUGCCGAAGAGAAGCGCCUGUUGGAGGAGGCGUUCUCGCUCGGCAAGACAUCCGCGUCAUACGCGAAGAAGACGAAGAAAGUGAAGGCUGACGCAGACGGUGGUGAAGAAGAGAACAGCGGAGCGGUAGCGGAGAUGAGCGACGAGCAGGACGACGAAGCUUUUUUGCGUGACUUUUUCAUUCAGGAGUUGUGGCGUCCCGGGGCAUCCGUUGCAAACAAGAAAAAGAAGAAGACCGAGUCGACGACACCAAACAACGACGGAGAAGAAGAGGAGGACGACGGCGACGGCGACGACAACGCUGGCUCCUACUACGACCGACUCGCACAGCUCGCCCGCGAGGAGGAGGACGAGGCCUUCUUCAACGACGCGGAGGUGUGGGAGCACGAGUACCAGGAGAAGAAGUACCGCCAUCAAGAAGCGGCAGAGGAGGCCGCCGCGCACGUCCAGACCUUCCCACGUCCAAUCGGCGAGGCCGCCGUGGGCCUGCUGCGCAAGCCGGACACGUCUCGCAAAGACGCCCGCCAGCGCCGCCGUGAGCGGGCAGAGGCAGCCCACGCGCAACAGGUAGAGGAGCUGAAGCGGCUGAAGCACCUAAAACGGAAGGAAAUUGAGGAUCAGCGUGCGUUGAUCGCCUCCGUUGCGGGGCUGACCAUCGGCCGUCAUCGCGACCGCAAAGGUGCGGGAGGGGGCGAUGCCAACGGUGCCUUCGUGGACGGCGCCGACGCCGAGGAAGAGGCGGAGUUGGCGAAGUUGAAGGCGGUGUGGUCGGAUAAAGACCUCGACGCGCCGUUCGACCCGGCCGAAUUCGACAAGAAGAUGGCGCUGCUCUUCAACGACGACUACUACGACGAGAAGAACGUCGAUGAGGACGAAGUCGCGUACUUCGAUGAGGAGCUCGACAGGGAAGGCGUCGAGGCCGGCGAGGAGGGCGAAGGAGUCGCGGACGAGAUCAAGUCCGGCGCUGCGCCGGCGCUGUUCUCAGCGAACUCGCUCGAAGAGGCACAGGCGAUGCUGCCAGCCUCGGCAAAGUCAAAGAAGAAGAAGGAUGAAAACUCAGAAGCAUUCUUUGACGACGCCUUUGGAACUCAGCGCGGCAGCGACGGCACAAGCGACGCUUUAAACCUGCUGUACCCGUCAGAGGCGCUGCAGGAGCUGGAGAAGGAGCGCCAGCAACUUAACGAGCUGAUCGCAUCCUCGCCCAAGAACAGCGACGGGGCCAGCGGCGAGAGCAACGAGGAGCUCCUCGCUCGCCUGCAGUCCUCGCUGAAGAAGAAAGAAGAGGAGUACUACCAACUGCACCGUGACGCGGCAGCGGAGAGCGCCGGUGGUGGGCUUCCCUUCCGUUAUCGUCAGGUCGAGCCCGAAGACUUCACCCUCUCCGUGGAAGAAAUUCUCGCCCUGGACGAUCGGCAGCUGAACAUGAUAGCGCCGAUGAACUGCUACGCGGCGUACCUGGACAAGGAGAGCAACGAGCGCGAUCGUCGUCGGGUGGAGCGUCGCAGGCAGAAAGGCUUCAGAGAGGUCGCCUCGGAUCGCACCUCGCGUCGCUACGGUGAGGUGCACAACACCGCGCUGCUGAACCCGGAUCAGGUCACCGAGGAGGAAGGCGCCGCGAUUGCGGAAAACUUGUCGAAGCGGCUGCGUGACGAGGGCGAAGAUCCCGACGCACCGCUGGCGGCUCCGUCUUCACGUCCGCCGCGCCAAGGAUGGCUGCACAAAGAGCCACGGAGGGACGGCGAUCACCCCAGACGCGGCCGCGGUGGCUUCCGUGGUGGUCGCGGUGGCGCCUCUCCGUCGCCGUCGUCCUUUCGUGGACGUGGCGGUGCACAGAGCUCAUUCUCAGCGCCGCAUCGUGGGAGAGGUGGUGGUAACGGACGUGGCCGAGGUGAUGGUCGUGGCCGGUUUCGUGGCGGACGCGGAUAA